CCACCCAAUGGGAGGGGCGGGCGGUGUUUUGGCGCCGAGCGCGAAGGGCGCGCGGCAGGGAGCGCGGAGCGCCGGGGCAGGCGGGGAGCGCGGCCCCCGCGGCGCAGAGAGCGCCUCCUGCCGGCGGGGCGGCCGCGCCGUGCCCCCCCGCCCGGCCCCGUGAUGGCGGCCGUGCCGCAGAACAACCUGCGGGAGCAGCUGCAGCUCCACUCGGCCCGCGGGGCCCUCAACAAGCCGCCCCCGCCGCGGCACCGGCCGGCGGGCUUCACCUUCAAGAAGACCUCCCCGUCCGGCGCCGUGCCCAGGGAGCCGCGGGGCCUCCCCGCCGCCUCGGCGCUGAGGGACAAAGAUGUCAACACCUCGCUGGCCGCGCUCGCCGCCUCCCUCCCUGCCGCCAAGAACAAGAAUCUCCAAAUCCAGGACUUCUUUCCCGCGGCGCCCGGCGGGGGAGGCCCGCAGCCGGCCUGCGCCAGCCCGGCGCCUGCCGGCGCCUCAGAGGCGUCAAGAGCCCCCGCGCCCGCUGGGGAGCGGAGCCGGGGCCCGCCCCGUGCUCCUGCCCGCGGGGCCGCCCCCCGCCCUGCCGCCGGCCCCGUCGUCCUCGUUGAAGACGAGUGGGAUGACAUUGACGACUUCGAUUUGUCGGGAAUCGAGAAGAAGUAUUGCGGGCCGCGGGUCCUGUUCCCCAGAGGGCAGCCGGCCGCCUGCAAGGCCUCCCAGAGGUCAGACUCCCGCCUGGAUGAGCCGCCCGGUUCUUCCCCCGGGACCCCGGCGGGUCCCCGCGCCCACCCGCGCCCACCCGCGUCCCCGGUGGGCGACGAGGCGGGGCCUCGCAGCCGCGGCGCUUCGGGGCGCGGGGAGACCCCCGCGGAGGCUGAACAACGACCCUUGUCGCAGCAGUCUCUGAUCUGUCUGGAGGAUUCGGCUCCCUGCAGCGAUAGCAAGGCUGUGGAUGAGGGCCUGUGGGAGAGCUUAUCUGCUGAUGUGAUUUUGGACGAUGACGGGGAAGAAGCUCAGCCAGCUGCUAAUGAUAGAAGUGCUAAUGAAGAAGGUGAGAGGCAGAAGCCAAGCAGCUGCAAGAAAAACAGCCCCCCAGAACUGGAUGAGGUCGAUAUCGAGCCGUUUGCAGACACUGAGCUUGAAGAGGAUGAUUACUUGGAUGUGGUUCCACCCUCCCCUGAAGAAGAACUGCCUUCCUUCUGGCCUUCUGAAAAAAAGAAUAGUAAUAUUUUUAAAGAAUCUCCAGCUGGUGGACGAUCCGCCGCUAGCAGCGCCGAGUCUGAGCCUGGGAAGGUUGCCACAACGCAGCCUGUGGCUGAAAGUGAUCCCAGUGCGGAGGAUGCGGAUAUGGGCUCGCAUUUGGAACAGCAGCUCUACAGUGUCAUGGAUGAUAUCUGUAAGCUGGUAGAUGCCAUUCCGCUCCAUGAGCUUACGUCUCUGUCGUGUGCAAAAGAACUUCUGCAGCAGAGAGAUCUCAGGAGGAAACUGCUAGCUGAUCCUGUCACUUCGAGCAACACUUUUGCUAGAAACUGGAAGGCGUGUGCGGAGCGGGGCCCUCUCGCGCGUCCUGCUGCUGCGCUGUGUUCUGGCCCCAGCUGGGGCUCCAGGUCCGACCGAAACUCACCAAACCCCGCAACCCCCCCGUCUGUGCUUCCUGGGACUGUUAAUUCAAGCAGUUUUUCUACCAAAAAAAAUCAAACCUUGUAUACCUCAUAUGGUUCAAGGCAAAGUAUUGAGCAGAUCACCUGCCCAGAAACUACAGCUCUGCCUUCUUCCAAGGUGAAUGGCAAAGCCGGGGCUUCCCUCAGCCUCCGCUCGGAGACGUCCUUCGAUGGCAGCUGGUGUGAACAACCAGGGGUGAGAAACAGUCAUCUGCUGGAGCGGCCUCAGGCAAGCACAGCUCUGAAAGGGCAGAGCAAAGCUCCUGCUGGCGUUCCUGCAGAAGACAGUUUAGCUAUAAAUGAUACGGACUUUGACCUUGAUCAGUUCGAUAUUGAUGAUUUUGACGAGGGCUGGGAGAAUUCGGUGAGUGUUUCGGCACCUGAGCCGCCCCCUGCGCCGCUGUACCAGCCUGUCAGGGAAGGGCCACCCGCCAAAUCGCUCUUGUCGAAGAUAAUGUCCAGAGCCAAAGGAUCUGCUGCUGUACCAAAUCCUGCUGCUCCGAAAUCAAACUUCCUGGAGGCAACAAAGAACCGUUCAGAUCCGCUGGCUAAUAACCCUGCGCUAGAACGUUUCAGGGGUAUGAAAUUUUCCCAUUCUGAAGAAAUGAUGAAUAUAUUUCACAAAAAGUUUGGUUUGCACUAUUUUCGGACAAAUCAGCUGGAGGCCAUCAAUGCUGCUCUUCUGGGUGAAGACUGUUUCAUCUUAAUGCCCACUGGUGGUGGUAAAAGCUUGUGCUACCAGUUACCAGCGUGUGUCUCUGCUGGAGUCACUAUUGUUAUCUCUCCACUGAGGUCGCUGAUAAUAGAUCAAGUUCAGAAGCUGAAGACUUUAGACAUUGCUGCAACAUAUCUGACCGGUGAUAGAACAGAUGCUGAUGCUUCAAAAAUAUAUAUGCAGCUGUCAAAAAAAGAUCCUGUAAUAAAGCUUCUGUAUGUUACCCCUGAGAAGGUCUGUGCAAGCAGCCGACUGAUGUCAGCCCUGGAAAAUCUCUACGACAGGAAACUCCUCGCGCGUUUUGUCAUUGACGAGGCGCACUGUGUCAGCCAGUGGGGUCACGAUUUUCGACAAGACUACAAACGACUGAACAUGCUCCGCAAGAAGUUUCGCUCUGUUCCUAUGAUGGCUCUUACUGCCACUGCUAACCCCAGAGUACAGAAGGAUAUUCAGAAUCAGCUUGAGAUGCUAAAACCACAAGUGUUUACAAUGAGCUUCAACCGGCAUAACUUGAAAUAUGACGUAUUGCCCAAGAAGCCAAAGAAGGUGGCAAUGGAUUGCUUGGAAUGGAUUAAAAAAUACCAUCCACAUGACUCUGGAAUAAUUUAUUGCCUUUCACGUCAUGAAUGUGACACAACAGCGGCUAUCCUGCAGAAGGAAGGUCUUGCUGCACUUGCCUAUCAUGCUGGCCUCACUGACUCCAACAGAGAUCUUGUACAAAAGAAGUGGAUCAAUCAGGAAGGAUGCCAGGUUAUAUGUGCAACGAUUGCCUUUGGAAUGGGAAUUGAUAAACCCGACGUACGCUACGUUAUCCAUGCUUCCCUCCCUAAAUCUAUAGAAGGUUACUAUCAAGAGUCUGGCAGAGCUGGACGAGAUGGCGAAAUGUCUCACUGUCUGCUCUUCUACAGCUACAGCGAUGUAACCAGACUUAGGAGGCUGAUACUAAUGGAGAAAGAUGGAAACAGUCACACAAGACAGACCCACUUUAACAACCUGUACAGUAUGGUUCACUACUGUGAGAAUGUAGUUGACUGCCGGAGAAUUCAGCUUCUGGCCUACUUUGGGGAAGCUAAUUUUAAUCCCAACUUCUGUAAAGAUCACCCAGAAGUAACUUGCGAUAACUGCAGUAGAAAGAAGGAUUACAAAUCAAGAAAUGUAACAGAUGAAGUGAAGAGCAUUGUAAGGUUUGUACAAGAGUAUUGCGGACAAAUGGGACGAACGAAUGCAAAGAGAAAUACAGGUUCUGGAAGAUACACGUUGAAUAUGAUGGUAGACAUUUUCUUAGGUUCCAAGAGUGCGAAGAUUCAGUCUGGAAUAUUUGGGAAGGGAGCUGCCUACUCGAGGCAUAAUGUUGAAAGGCUGUUUAGAAAACUGGUCUUGGACAAGAUCCUGGACGAAGACUUGUAUAUCACAGCCAAUGACCAGGCGGUAGCAUAUGUAAUUCUAGGAGAGAAAGCUCAGGCUGUGCUAAACGGGUCACUACAGGUGGAGUUUCAUGAAACGGAAAGCGCCAGUGCCAUCAGAAAGCAGAGGGCUUCUGUGGCAAAAAUGUCACAGCGGGAAGAGAUGGUUAAAAAGUGCCUCGGGGAACUCACAGACACGUGCAAAAUGCUUGGGAAAGCCUUUGAUGUGCAUUACUUCAAUAUUUUCAGUACUUCAACUCUAAAGAAAAUAGCAGAAACCUUGUCGUCUGAUGUGGAGGUCUUACUGCAGAUUGAUGGUGUCACAGAAGACAAACUGGAAAAAUACGGUGCAGAAAUAAUUCAAGUGAUGGAUAAGUACUCUGAAUGGACCGUGCCAGAAGAUGCUGCCUGCCCAAGCGUGGAGACAGCUACGGGGAGCGCUGGCACACCAGGGAGUGAUGAGGAAGCAGAAGAUGUAGUUACAACCUCAAACUAUUUUUGCAAUAAUGCAAACCAAAAAAAGAGGAGGAAAAGGCCGCCCAACUUCAGAGAAUCAAAGAGGAAAAAGAUGUAUAAUGGUGGCAGCCAGCAGUUUCAUCCCAAAGGAGUCCUGACUGGUUCUAGAAACCCUGCUGUUGUAGUGACAAUAACCCCUGGACGCCUGCUUCCCAGCUACCUCGGGGACACACUUGAGAGCACACAUCAAAAGCAGUUAUGGAACUGCGCAUCCCGCAGCUGUGGUCGGCUCUCUUCUCCCUUGCUAGUUGCGUAAGUACUUCAGAGCUCGACAGCUGAGCUGCUCUUCUGAAAAUGUAAGUCUCGGGAUGCUCACCUGAGACCGAAAAUAGAACCGUCGAUUGUAAGUUCCCGGUGUUAGUCCCCAGAUACCGGGGCUGGAGAGGCUCCUGGAGCACCGGCGCCCAGCCAGGGCCAAGCCUUUGCUUGCUUGACUGGAGCAGAGGGUUCUGUCAGCUAUUUCUGUGCAACGAGCCUGCAAGGGCUGGUCUUGUGUGUUUUGUAACCCAUCCUGUGAGCCUUCAGGCCCUUCCAAUUAACCUCACCGUUAAAAACAUUCAUAGAAUGGUUGGAAGGGACCUUCAGAGCCCAUCCAGCCCAACCCCCUGCAGUGAGCAGGGACAUCUUCAACUAGACCAGGUUGCUCAGAGCCCCGUCCAGCCUGACCUUGGGUGUUUCCAGGGAUGGGGCAUCUACCGUCUCUGGGAAACCUGGGCCAGGGUUUUACCACCCUUGUUGUGAAAAAUUUCUUCCUUAUAUCCGGUCUAAAUCUCCCCUCCUUUAGUUUAAAGCCAUUCCCCCUUGUCCUGUCACAGCAGGCCUUGCUAAAGAGGUCGCCCCCAUCCUUCCCACAGCCCCCCUUUAAGCACAGGAAGGCCACAAUAAGGUCUCCCCGCAGCCUCCCCUUCCCCAGCUGCACAACCCCAGCUCUCCCAGCCCGGCCUCGCAGCAGAGG